GUACGAAUAGCUGCUUGCUCAGAAUCAACUGUUUUUAUGACUCAUAUCAAAAGGUACUUAAUUGAUAAAGUUUACGUUAGUCAGUAUUUACUCUACAGAUGUUUCAUAUUGUGAAAUUCGUGAUUCGAGUCACCAAAUCUAUCAACAUCACGAGUUGACACUACCACUACGUAGUUUAUACGGCGCGCACGUGCGGUAAUUGCAAAACUGCGUCUGAGAAGAUCAAUCAGUGCGAUGCAAUUAUGAGAUGCAGUUAAUCUCGAUUUACGAUUUGCUUCAGUAUUUUCCAUAAAUAAAACGGCGGUGACUGUUGACUUUCUGCAAACAUGGCAAUCCGUAAAGGCCAGCGUGUUCUGUACAACGAGCCCUGGGUGUGGGUACUGGAACCCGCGGUCUUCGCGCACUACUGCGAUUUCUGCUUUGCCGCGUUAGACCAGCACACCACUGCCGCAUUUGAAGAACCUAACGCCGAAGAGCGCGACAGGCUGAGUGAAGAGCAUCCCAGCAAGAUCUAUUGUCCGUAUUGCCAAUGUGCAUGCUAUUGCUCCAAAACGUGCUUGGCUAACCAUGCUGCGUCCCUUCACGGUUUGGAAUGUGCUUAUAUCCAGCGCGUUGGCGCGAGUAGCAUGCGGAUGCUGCCGCGGAGUGCUCGAUGCGUUUUCCUAGCGCUGCUGAAAGUUACCAAAGGUCAGACCGACGAGUCUAACAUCAUCGCUGAACCCAAAGCGCAGCGGACAUGGGAACGCUUGUUAUCACAUUGGGAGCGUUUCCGUCAGCGAACCACCUUCAUGGAACACGCGUGCACCGUGCAUGGGCUCAUUCAGCUACUGCGCACCGAGCACCGCUUCUCGCUGGAGCAGAUUUGUGAGGCGUUGGGCAAGUUCGCCGUCAACGCCUUCACCAUCAUGGACCGCCAGCAGAACGAAGUCGGCUGCGGAAUUUACCUCUCUGGCUCGCGUUUCGACCACGCCUGCCGCCCCAACGCCUCCAAGUACUUUAGCGGGCGGGAUCUUGUCGUGUAUGCACUGGAGGAUGUUGCCUCACUGGAAGACGUACGCUUGUCCUAUGGCGUUCUGUAUGAGCAUCCCGGAGUGCGCCGUGAUGAAUUACACGAAAAGUACCAUUUUCGUUGUACCUGCGCAGUAUGCGGCAAUCCACAACAGUUUCGGCAUCAUGAAGAUCUCAUGAACGGUUGGCGGUGCCAGAGAAGGGCUUCUGACGGUGCGCAGUGCCAAGGCUUGCUUACCCUUCAAGCUGAAAACGAUGCUAAAGUUUGGUGUACCGACUGUGGUUGGUGUACGGCAGAUUUCCAGAUAUUUUACGAAAACGAUCGCACCAUUAAGGAAGUCAAGGAGCAACUCCUGGGAUGCGUCAAGUUGACAGACAACCAAAAACGCAUGGACGUAGUACGAAUGGCAUUCGCCGUACGCAUUGACUCUGUUCCUUUCCUUUCACCAUCCAACCGGCAUCUGCACGAGCUCAACGAACUCUUGACCAUUGCCGCGGAAGCCUCGCAGCACCUAGGCCUGGCGCUUCACUGCUGUGCGGAGACGCUGCAACCCUAUUCCAUAAUCUAUCCAGAAGGCAGUUUCGAAGUGCUGCAACAAGUAGCUAAGUUCAUCCAUUUGGUGUCACGGUACAUGGAGAAGCACGAUAACAUCCCGAAGAAGACAGCGUCUUUUUAUGCCGGUAUUGCCUGCAUCUUUGCCCAUAAAUGCGAGGCGCUGGGAGUUAAAUUGCCGUUACUGCCACUAAAGGUCAUGAAUGUUUUGGACAGGUCGAGUGUUAAGAAACAUGUUGAUGUGGUCUUUAAUAAUUAUCUCAAUCAAAGUGAUAUUUACACAGUGAAAAAGCUAAUCAAAAUUGUUACUGCGCACGUGCAGAAUUCCAAAGAUUUCAGUUUAUAAAUAAAAGGAUAACAUGCUUUUUAGAUUUAGAACGGCCUGGCAGAUACACUGGUACGUUCACAUCCUAAAUCUCUCAAGAAAUCUUUGUAACGAACUGUGGUGCUCUUCAAACCGAAAAAUCGAUUGAAGUCAAAACCGGCAUCCAUCUGUAAAGAUGACGAUCAUUAAAGAUUAAACUGCGCUGCCUACUUAUCCCAGAAACAAGGCACUUGAUGGUUGUAUUUGUAUCUCACCGUAUCAGGAACAGGACAAUGGAUCACCGGGUUUCGCACCCAAUUCAGCCCAUCCACUUCCUUCCGAUAAGGAACGCCCCGGUCUUCCACGACAAGCUCGACAAAAUCCUCCCACACACCGCCGGCCACCGGGAUUUUUGUGGCCCGACCGGCGCGCACCAUCUCCUCCCGGGAAAUGUAUCCACUAUUGCUGACGUCCAGUUUCUGACAGGCUACAAGCAGCCGGUGUUUCGGCUCGUACAUCUCACGCUUCAUGGCACGCUGUAAAAACGCUCGGUACACGUCGCGGCGAGUGUCCAACGGAAUGUGCGGGUGGAUUUGAUAGGCACGAAGGAUGGUGGUGUAUUCGUGGGGGGUUAAGGCGUUGCCGGUGAUCUCCAUCAAUGUCGAACUGUUCAACCGAACCACAGAAUAUUACGAAACCUAUUGAAAAAAUGCACAACAUCGUACACGAAAAGUUCGUUAGAUGCUGUCCCAUUUUGAACCGCUUCGCUCGAGAACUUUUGCUGCAGCCGAUGACAUGCAUCUUGCUGUGAUCGCAGCAGAUCCUGGUACUUCUUCAUAACAAUCUCCAUAUUGGACAUUGGGAACUGCAAUAAUUUUUUAUCGUUUAAACUGUGUAGCAUUCAAGCGCUGAACCUG